AUGAAAAGACUCCUGCUGGCUCUUCUCGUCUGCACGGCGAGGGCGCACAUCAUCUUCAAACACGCACCGCUCUCGUGUGAUCCCAUUCUCCCGGCAUUCCAAGGAUGUCUACGAGGCCAGCGGUGCUCCCGACACGGGCAAUGCGAGAGCAGUCGUCGGGCAGAGGAUGAGAUCCAGCCUCCCCAGUUUGAUAGCCGAAAGUUAGAUGUCACGCCGAGAGACCUUGAAAUAGAGUAUGCGCCUGGAAAAUGCCGGGGAGAGUCCGGCGAAGGUGAAAGAGGAAUCAGAGACGGGUGCAUCAUGAAGCAUCCAUCCCAUGUCUUUAGCGAUGACUCCGAUGAUGUAUCCCAAAAGGUUGCUCGUCCUCACUUGAGAAGACCUCUACGGCGGCCUGUCUAUCGCCCAAAGGUGCCGAUUUCUGGCGACGACAAGCCUAAGCCUCCUAGCUCUGUGACUUCUACCACACCAGUACCUUCUAACACGACGACUCCUACUGAUACUGGUCAAGUUAAGCCACCGGCACCUUCACCCCCCUUUGCAAAUAUAACUAUAGACGGGGCGUGUGGCUCUACCCAUGGGAACAGCGUGUGUGGGAAUUGGCCGGAUGGAGCUUGCUGCUCUGCUUAUGGCUUCUGUGGUAAUACAACAUCGCAUUGUGGGCCAGGGUGCCAAUCUGGCCCUUGCAUCAAUGGUCCUGCCUUGAAACCCAUCGGUCCUCUAACGUACCACCCGUUUAAGAUCCCGGGAAAGUUCAAGGUUGUUGGUAGUUCAGGAGUUCCUGCGAUGAUGGCCGUCUUGAUGCCCAACAGGAAAGUCGUGUUUGCCGACAAGAUAGAGAAUUACACCGAGAUAGUCCUGCCAAAUGGACAAUAUGCCUAUUCCGCAGAGUACGACCCGGUUUCAAACGAAGUUGUCGGCCUAGAAUACAAGACAAAUGCAUUCUGCGCUGGUGGAACAGUCCUAGCCGAUGGCCGUGCACUGUCUGUUGGCGGAAACGGCCCAUUGUCAUUUAUAGACCCAACCGUCAAGGAUGGAUUCAAAGGAAUUAGAUAUCUAGAACGGAAGUUUGACGACCCAAAAUUAGAUGAUGGCCCAUGGAGCGAGCCUGGACACACCCUAUCUUCUGCCCGCUGGUAUCCCUCUGUACAAACUCUCCCUGAUGGGAAAAUAUUUGUUGCAUCUGGAAGCUUGAACGGCCUGAAUCCUACCAACUCGGACAACAACAACCCGACAUACGAAAUACUGGACCGCGAUGGUUACCCUCACGGAGAAAGUAUAAUAUUGUCCAUUCUCGAGAAAAACCAGCCAUACUACAUGUACCCUUUCCUUCAUCUUCUUAAAGAUGGCAAUCUUUUUAUCUUUGUCUCAAAAUCUUCCCAGAUAUUCAAUGUGGAGACUGACACCAUCAUCAAGACCCUUCCCGACCUUCGUGGUGAUUUUAGGACCUACCCGAAUACCGGAGGCAGUGUCAUGUUUCCCUUGAGCUCUGCAAAUGGGUGGGAGCCUGAAAUCAUGGUAUGUGGAGGGGGCUCUUACCCUGAUAUCAACAGCCCGACUGAUGCCAGCUGUGGGCGAAUAAAACCCUUGUCAGAGAACCCAACGUGGGAAUUAGAGUCUAUGCCAAGUGGAAGAGUCAUGGUGGAGGGGACUCUAUUACCAGAUGGCACAAUAGUCUGGCUAAAUGGAUGCAGCCGUGGCGCACAAGGAUUUGGCAUCGCAAAGGACCCAGUAUAUGAUCCAUGGAUAUACAACCCUCAUGCUUCCCAUGUUGAGCGCUGGGCUGUUGGUGGGUCUACUAAUAUUGCUCGGAUGUAUCACUCUGUUGCUCUUCUUCUACUUGAUGGGACAGUAAUGGUCGCAGGUUCAAAUCCGGUUGAGCAACCAGUCCUGGUCCCAAACCCCAAGGACCCCAAAUUAGCAUACGUGACUGAAUUUCGCGUCGAGAUCUAUACCCCCCAUUACCUCAGCGGCAAGAAGGCAGACCAACGGCCGCACGACGUCGUACUAUCUUCGAGGCACUUAGUCUCUAACAGUGGAAACUUCACGAUAAAUUUCAACGUCCACAAGGAGGCUAUUGACCUUCAUGUCGUGCUCUACCAAGGCGGGUUUGUUACCCACUCCUUACACAUGGGCCAUCGAAUGCUCUACCUUGACUACUCUGGCUGGAAACCAGGCGAAGCCAACCAAACUGUCGAUGCGAUUAUGCCUCCAGACUCUAACGUUGCACCUCCCGGAGCAUAUGUAAUUUACAUUGUUGUUGACGGAGUACCUAGCAUUGGGCAAUUUGUCAUGGUUGAAAAUGCAAACCAGGGCGACAAGCCGAAGGAUGGUGAGAAGCCAGACGACAAGGACAGCAAAAAUGGGCCGAAGAAAGACGGAGAGAAAGGUAAAAAAGAGAAGGGCAACGGAGAGAAGGUUGCGGAGAACGAACAGAAGAACGACAAGGAAAAAGGAGAAAAGGAUAAACCGGAAGGCAAUGGCAAGAAUCAUGGCAACGAGGAGAUUGAGGAGGAGGAAAAGGACACCAAGGAGAUCAAGGGAGACGGGGCCAAGGCAAAGCAAAAAGGCGAUGACAGGAAAAAGGGCAACGAGGACAGAGACGAUGAUAUGAAGGAUGGUAAGAAGGGUGGUAAGAAAGAUGAAAAAGCUGACAAGGAAGACGAGAAAGACGACAAGAAAGAUGACAAGAAGGAUGACGAGAAAGACGAAAAAGACGAUAAAAAAGAUGACGACAAAGAGGCCGACGGUGGUGAGAUGGAGGCAGAUGAAGAGUAG